GUGUUUCAUAGGCCUACGAUUGCUCGAACGCUGUCUAGACCUGGGCAGCCAAGGGCUGUUCGCAGGUGUAUGUAGAACGGCCCCUAUUGGAGUUCGAGAGACGUUUCGCCACUUUCAGGUCACCGGCGAUUGGGUGUAUCCAUUAGCCGACCCAUGAAACUUGCGACCUAUCGGGUUGUUGUCCCUUCACACUAUGGACAACUUUCGGCGCGCGCACUUACACAUGGCAGUCAGCAUUACUCCUGGUGUUGUAUGUUUGGCCCUUGGCACCACAUCAUGGUGUUAGAUAGGUAGCGGAGGUGUUUAGGGUUGACUGGAUAUCCACGUAACAAGCUAUGUUUUGACGGAGAGGUCCCACGUGUGCGACUACUGCAUCAUUAAGAAAUAAAAAAAUAAAAAAAUAAAAAAAGAAUAGCGUGACGUGAUUAGAAACAGAGUAGAAAUAUAAUGAACAAGAACGUCGUUGCACUCUUUUGUCCCCCAGCACGAAGACGAUUCCAAAACAUCACACGCAAAUCAUGACAAUAUCGAGUACGACGACAAUCAUGGUGUUCGAAAGGCGUAAAGUCGAGUACAAAAUCUCCAACUCACAGGCUCGAAAAAUGGACAAAUUCACCAUACCCAAUACCCAAACUCGCCAUAAACCCGAUCUUACCAAACACUAUAGACAUACGAAACCUCCUCGCAACAUACCCUCUAAUCCAGCACCUAUAACCAUGGCUCGUCCGAGCUUCCCAAAACAUAACCUCUACAAGAUUCUCGGCGUUGAUAGCAAGGCCUCUUUAGAUGACAUCAAGAAAGCAUACCGGGAUCUUUGCCUAAAGGUACACCCGGACAAAGCAGAAGGAGGAAGCACACCCGAGAACAAUGAUCGAUUCGCCAAGGUCCAAGAGGCCUGGGAGAUUCUUCGCGACGAAGUGCUUCGGCCAGACUACGACGAAUUUCGCGCCAACGGGUACAAAGACACUGGGAAUCGUGAUAAACACUCAAAGCGUCAUCGUCACCGAAAGCAGCACCCAGGGUCAUACACCGGUGAUAAUAAACCCCAUCGUGAUGACUCGCCUGAAGGAGAUCAAUAUCAUGCUCCAGGUGAAUCAUCGUACGCGCCGAAACCGAAUCGUCCAAAGGAGCCGUAUUUCGAAGAGUGGGGCCCGGGCCCUGCUCCGAAUGACCACUACAAGUGGCGAGACCACCAGCCCGACCCUCGCCGAAACGCAAGUCCGCCUCGGUCUAUAAAACUCGAGGACCGCAUUAUCGCGAUGAGAAUCCGGUCAGCCUUGAAACCCAUCUACAUUGAUAUCGACUUCUUGCAGACCGACCUCGACUCCCUCUCCGAUAAUUUCCAGCAACACGUUCAUUUGCCGAGGCGUGAAAUGGUCAAAUGGGGAAACCGCUUUGACUACGCUCAACUCGCCAUUAACCUGGCCGAAGACUUGUACAUUGAGAUUUGUAUUCUGUUGGAAGAGGUUGAGUCUGGGCAUAGUGCCUCGCCGUACGUUUCGGAGCUUCCCGACCAGCUUGGCGCCCUUCAAGCGCAAGUAACAAGGAUGAGGAUGGCUUCAAUUGGGGCGAACAUCGUAUUCGAACAAUUAACGAGGUGUCCACCUCACGAUAACGAGUGGCGCCAACUCAUGGAAGACUUCAGUGAAAAGCUGCACGUUUGGGCUAUGCCCGCCUAUAAGCGAUCUCGCCCGAAGGCUUGAGGGGGAGAUUGGUGAUUUCAUCAUCCGGGCGAACUUGACCAGGAAAGGGAGCUGAGGCGUUUCGGUAAAGGAACCAGGACUGAUUUAUACCCAUUUUGAAGCAAAUU